AUGGACCAAGUAAAUGACUCUGUGGUAACUGAAUUUGUGUUACUGGGACUUGCACCUUCCUUGGGGAUGCAGUUUUUCCUUUUUCUUGUUUUCUCUUUAUUCUAUGUAGGAAUUAUCCUGGGGAAUCUCUUUGUUGUGUUCACAGUGGUUUUGGAUCCUCACUUACACUCCCCCAUGUACAUUCUACUGGCCAACCUAUCACUGAUUGAUAUGGGCCUCUCAUCUACCACAGUUCCUAGGGUGAUUUCGGACCUUUUCACUGAUUAUAAAGUCAUUUCCUUCCACAGUUGCAUGAUACAAAUAUUCUUUAUCCAUGUUAUGGGAGGAGUUGAGAUGGUGUUGCUCAUAGCCAUGGCAUAUGACAGGUACACAGCAAUCUGCAAACCUCUCCACUACCUAUCUAUUAUGAAUCCCAAAAUGUGUGUGCUUUUGGUGGUAGCUGCUUGGGUCAUUGGGGUAAUCCAUGCUGUGUCUCAGUUUGUUUUUGUCAUAAAUUUACCCUUCUGUGGCCCUAAUAGUGUGGGGAGCUUUUAUUGUGAUCUUCCUCGAGUUAUUAAGCUUGCAUGCAUGGACACUUACAAAUUGGAAUUUGUGGUCACAGCCAACAGUGGAUUCAUAUCGAUGGUCACCUUCUUUUUCUUAAUUGUUUCAUACAUUUUUAUUCUGGUCACUGUCCGACAACAUUCUUCAAAUGAUUUAUCCAAAGCAUUCUUCACUUUGUCAGCUCACAUCACUGUGGUGGUUCUGUUCUUUGCCCCAUGUAUGUUUCUCUAUGUGUGGCCUUUACCUACUGUCACAGGAUACAUUUUUUGCCCAAUGGAUACAUUUUUUGCCAUUGUGGACUUUGUUGUCACCCCUGUCUUAAAUCCUGCUAUCUAUACUUUAAGGAACAAAGAUAUGAAGAUGGCAAUGAGAAGAGUGAGUCGACAAGUUGCAAGUGCUAGGGAGAUGACAUAA